UGCGUCACUGCUGAUGACGUCGCAGUCAGCCGAGGGUUGUUCGACAGAUAAAAUCAUGAAAGCAAACAUCUAAUGCUCAGUGUUUUAUGUUAUGAAGAGGAAGCCUACACAACAGGACGCGCAGUAUUCUCCGAAUUUAGAUACUUUCAACAAGACGAGGAUGCCUGGUGAGGAGAAGGAGAAGAGUGCACUGAAGCAGUGUACGCAGGCUCGUGCCCAGCUGGAGGAGGCCAUCGCUGGAGUGAUGAAGGCUGAGACCCUCCUCAGAGACAACUCCAGAGAGGUGAAGUCUCAGCUGCACACCUGUAUUAGUCGUCACCUGGAGUUCCUGCGCUCUCGUGAGGUGUGGCUGAGAGAGCAGAUCGACCUGGUGGAGCAGCUCAAGGCUGAAGCCCUGCAGCACCAGCUCCAGCAGCUCUACUGGCUUCGAGGCCAGUUUGACGUCCUGAUCCACCAGCUGGAGAACUCUCACAACAACCACGACCUGGCCAACCAGCUCACCAGCUGCCUGGAGAAGUUGUCGUCUCUGAACCUGAGUCCAGAGGAGACCCCUGAGAUGAGUUUCCAGGCCGACGCUCGUACCCUGCGCCAGGCCAUCACCUCCUUUGGGACCAUCAACACACAGGAGGUGUUGGCCGUCUCCUCCCCCCCCACCCCCAGCUCCAGCUCUGUGGAGAGGCCCUGGCUGCAGCACAACUGCCCUGUGGCUGCCAAGAAGCAGAAGAUGGAGUCGGAGUGCAGCACCCCUCUGGCUGACUGGCUCCUGGGAAACAGGCCAGUAACAAGCGCUCCUAUUGGACGCCAGUUCAGCAAAAACACCCAGGAUUGGCUGAUCGCCCCCAAAGAGCAGCCCCAGCAGGUCGUCGUGCCCCUGACCACCUUCGACUUCCAGCGCGCCUGGGGUCAGCUGAAGGACCUGGAGGCGUGGCUUCUGCGGGAGAAGCAGCCAAUCAGAGAGCGGGCCGACAGCAGCGCCAGCUCCUCCUCCAACUCCACCUUCUCCAUCGAGAAGAUCGACGAGUCCGACUUCCACCUGACGGAGGACGAGAAGAUCGACGAGUCCGACUUCCACCUGACGGAGGACGAGGCCGAGUCCGAGUCCGAGAUGCAGCCGGGCGGCCCCGAGGAGCUCGCUGAUUGGCUGAUCAUGGCGGCGCCCGAGUCGGGCGGCGUGGGCGUGAGCGUGAGCGACGCUGACCGCUGGAAGGCCGCCGUGUUCCAGCCGUUCCAGGAGCGCUUCUCGUCCAGCGAGUGGCUGCCAGGCCCCGCCCCCUCAGGCCCCGCCCCCUCCAGCUGCGGCUCGUGCUGCGGCAGCAAGGUGACCACGCCCACUUUUGAGAUCGAGAACCUGGGCGACCUCGUGUGCCUCAAGACCCCGCCCCCCUCCUCCGGCAACGCCACACCCGCCACCGCCACCACCCCCGUCGCCAUGACCACCACCGCCACCGCCACCACCCCCCUCGCUGUGCCCGUCUCUCCCGCCGCCGCCGUGGAACUGUGGCUGCAGCGGGCAUCCGGCGCCCAGGUGGAGCAGGCGUGCCGUGCCAACGAGCCCUGCGGCACCUUCGCCCAGUGUGUGUGUGAGGACAACUGCGGGCGCGAGGCCUUGGCCACCUGGCUGCUGCAGCAGGAGGGCCGGGACAAGAACGGGGUGCCCACGGAGAAGAGCGCCCGCUACCCGCACCAGCAGCAGGACAAGAACGGGGUGCCCACGGAGCCGCGCGACAAGAACGGGGUGCCCGCGGAGAAGAGCGCCCGCUACCCGCACCAGCAGCAGGAGCAGAAGGUCCACGCCAUCCUGGAGGCCUGGCUGCACCCGGGCAGAGGCGCGGGCAGAGCAGCGAUGCCAGCAGCGUCCAGUCCCGCACACACACACGCACACACACACUCGUCCCUCUCGGCGUGGGUGUGUCCUCGCGGCGCGUCGCCCAGCUGCGGGCAGGAGAAGGCCAGUCGCGAGGAGCGCAGCUCGCUCUACAAGACGCCCGGUGCAGAGAGCCCCUUCCACACGCCGCUGCAGCCCGAGGCCUGGGUGCUGACCCCAGUGACCCCUGUGACCCCAGUGACCCCUGUGACCCCGGUGACCCCCCAGACGCAGGACACGCCCAGCAGCACAGACGCAGAGGAGGACAAGUGGCUCCUACGCAAGAGAGCCCAGGCACAGGAGCGGCUCGCCCUGCCCACAGUGUGUGACCUGUUCUCCUGUAUGAAACUCAGCAGCGACAAAGAGAAAUGGCUGCACACGGCCCCUAUACAGAUGUGAGCGUUCUCUGUUCUGAAUUCCUCUGCUGAUCUCUGGAGGAGCCGCUGACUUGCACAGAUGCACCAACCCGCAAUCCGCCAUCCGCCAUCCUCUCUGGCCUUCCCCUCUGUGUGUGUGUGUGUGUGUUGGGGGUCCUGCUUCCUUCCGCCAGCUCUCCCAUCACCCCGCCACCAGCCCCACGACCUUCGACCCCUCCAGGCCCAGUGUGCCGUGGGGUUGGCUGCCCUUCUGUGAUCUAACAUGCCAACCUGUUGCAUCAUGGGAUUUCUGCCUCGUAUUCUGUCCACCCUCACUGUUGUAUUAUUAUUAUUUUAAUUCUAAUAAUUAUUCUGUUUCUGUUUCUUCCUGUCUUAGUUUGUGAGUUUAGUUGGUGAGGUGGGGGUGUGGCCUAAGGCCCAUAAGUGUCUGGCUCCUCAUUGGCUGCCAUGAUAGCCAGUAGGAUAUGCGUGUGGGACCCAGAACACACAGAGCCCUCUGUUUUAGUUUAUACUAUGAUAAUAUUUUAUUAUUAUUAUAUUAUUAUAUAUUAUAUUAUUAUGAGGGUUAAGAGGAGGGGGCGGCCUGUUCAUUUCACUUUAACCCUGAGGACACAGAGACAAGACUUAGGCCACGCCCACUCCAGAGUUAGAACACAGGGGGACUUAGGCCACGCCCACUCCAGAGUUAGAACACAGGAGCGUUUUUUAUGUUUCUUUUUCCCUUUUUAAAAUAUUUCUUUUUUGAAGUUCCAUUUGAGUGUUUUUAUGGAGUCUAAACACUCGUCUUUACGAGGCCAGAGUGUGGCGUGCAGUGGCUCUCGCAGUAGUAGCUCCCGUUAGCCAGGCUAAGCUAUCCCCGCGCAGAGCUUAUGGAAUCCAUACGUCAUGUGUAGUAGCUCCAGUUAGCCAGGCUAAGCUAUCCCCGCGCAGAGCUUAUGGAAUCCAUACGUCAUGUGUAGUAGCUCCAGUUAGCCAGGCUAAGCUAUCCCCGCGCCAGAGCCUAUGGAAUCCAUACGUCAUGUGAUACAGCAGUAGCUCCCGUUCGCCAGGCUAAGCUAUCCCCGCGCAGAGCUUAUGGAAUCCAUACGUCAUGUGAGGAAUCCAUACGUCAUGUGAGGAAUCCAUACGUCAUGUGCUGAAGGACACGUAUGUGCUCAGAUGCUGCUCGUCAGUUAGCCUCCAUGAGCAACACAUCUGCUAUGUGCUAGCAGGUAGAUAUGCGUCAAAUCAGACCGUAUGCAUUGUAAACACACACACAGACACACACACACACACAGUGCGCUCCCUCAUACAGUACGUGCCUGUUAGUUGUUUGUUUUUUUUGAGUGAGUGAUAAAGAGUGCACAUGUGUGUGUCCUUCCAGAGUGGAACGCAGUCCAAAACCUCCAUUCUGUCACUAUGUGCUGUGUGUGUGAAUGUCUGCACAGAUGUGUGUGUGUGUGUGUGUGUGUGUGUGUGUGUGUGUGUGUGUGUGUGUGUGUGUGUGUGUGUGUGUCUCAGAUGGACGCUUGGCUCAGUGGAGCGUCUUUAUUUCUGAUGGUGCAGAAUCUCCUCCCCGUAAUCUAGUACUUAUCAAAUGGAAUUGUGUAUCUUUAUAACCACUGCUGUGUGUGUCUGCUUUAUACUCCACUGGAGCUCUCUGACCUACGACCUUUCACCUUUAGAUAGUUCCGCAGCUCUUUAAGCACUCAGAGCCGCUGGGCUUGGGGCAGUUGGGGCAGUUGGGGCGUCCACUCUGACACACGUUAGGAUCCGCAGCGACCCUUGACCUCUGGAGUCCAUUUUGUUUUUUAAGAGACCGACUCGAUAAUUCCGGCAGCGAGUCUCCGUCUGCCCUGACCUCUCGGACCAGCGAAGAGGUAGGUGCGUGCGUGCGUGCGUGCGUGCGUGCGUGCGUGCACGUGUCUCUUCCACUGUGGUGACGCCUGUGGACAGUUGUGUGGUCAGGUGUGGUCACCUGUGGCAAGCUCCUCCCCCAAGCCUGGCGUGCUGUGACGUGCGGCACUAAACACGGCAUAUGACCCCCCUCUCUCUCCCUCUCCCUCUCUCUCUCUUUCUGUUCUUUUAAAAUGUAAAAGUUCAUUUUAUUGGUUUCUGCUUUGCACUCUGUGUCCCUAAACCUGUACCGUAUCUAACUCCUAAUAAAGCCCUCUAAACUCA